UUAAAUUUGUUAGUUCGAUGCUACAUCAGGCAUAGGCUUUGAAUGUGCAGCCACAGCUACCCGAGAGAGAGUUUCUGAUCCACGGUUCUUUACCAACCCAACUGCAUAAUCAUUCCUCAGCGUAGAUCCCGGAGAAUGUUCGCAGUUCGCGGUUCCUCUCUCACGGUUCUCAAGGUUUCUCGGUGUCCGUUCCGUGCUGGACCAAACGGAGGAUUGAUCAGAGCAAUAGCAAAUCGUUCGCCAUUGUCGAAAUAGGCGAACACAGUGCCGCUGGAAAAGACAACAGCAAAAGUUAAAACAACGACAGCUACCGGCACUGCAACAAGAUGACUAGCCGAGAUGAUGAAUAUGAUUUUUUAUUUAAAGUGGUACUGAUUGGAGACUCUGGAGUCGGCAAAAGUAACCUUCUAUCGAGAUUCACGAGGAAUGAGUUCAAUUUGGAAUCCAAGUCCACCAUAGGCGUAGAGUUCGCUACCAGAAGCAUAGAGGUUGAUGGAAAAACAAUCAAGGCCCAAAUCUGGGAUACGGCCGGACAGGAGCGCUACCGGGCGAUUACUUCGGCCUACUACCGCGGUGCGGUGGGUGCGUUGCUUGUUUACGACAUCGCCAAGCACCUGACGUACGAGAACGUUGAACGGUGGUUGCGGGAACUGCGCGACCACGCCGACCAGAACAUCGUGAUCAUGCUCGUCGGUAACAAAAGUGACUUACGGCAUUUGCGCGCCGUACCUACCGACGAAGCGAAAGGAUUUGCCGAACGCAACGGUCUCAGCUUCAUCGAAACAUCGGCCCUCGACUCCACCAACGUCGAAACUGCAUUCCAAAACAUACUCACAGAGAUCUAUCGAAUUGUGUCGCAAAAGCAAAUCCGGGAUCCGCCAGAAGGUAGCGUCAUUCGACCGAACCUGGAAAACAUCGACGUAAAGCCGACCAAUCCGACGACUGAUUCCGUGCGAAAGCAGUGCUGCCAGUGACCACCACAAGCAGAAAUGAUAUCCGGCCGUGAUGCUGCUGCGUCUUCUGUAAUAACAUCAUCAAGAAGCACCACUACUAUAACUACUACUACCACAACUACUACAAGUACCGAUAGUAUGGCAAGCACUACAGCUACUGUCUCAAAAUCAACAGCAACUAUUAUUACAGAACAAACUAAAAUUAAUUACAUUCUCGCUCCUAAUGAACCUAUUGCUACUACUCCUACCACCGCCACCCUCACUGACAAUGCAUCGAACUCGACCAUCGUCGGCGACAGUGGCGGUGGCUCUUGUGACCAUCUGCUGACACCGGAUGGUCGGACCAUCAAAGAAAAGGGUCAAACCAAUGUCAACAUAUUCACCGUUCGACAGCGAGAGGACGAUCGCUUGUGUGCCGACCUGAUUGGGCCGGCAACUAGUGGUCGGUGUGGUGUAAACGUAGAAACAUCAACAAUGAUGAUGCUAAACCCCGCCAUCGAUAGUAACAAUAACACUCGUCGUCCCGGCUAAACGAUUCCCAUCCGAAGUCAAACACACCAAACCCAUUCCUUCCGCAUCCCUCAUCCCAGUUUGUGGCGCACUGCGCCCGGCUUUGUUUUCGCCUCUUAAUCGCUGUGAAAAAGUGCGGCCUACCGUUCCCAUUCAAGCCGGUCGCCCCCGUAGCAAUAGCGUAGCAAUUACUCGCGAAUUUGUGGUAUCACAGCAAUGUCGUUUUGUUUGUGACGACAACAGCAAGGAAAAGUGUUAAACAGUAAUGGAAAUGUUCUCGGUUGUUCAAUCCGGCAGGCGUGCCUGCGAAGAAUAAAGUAAGAGAGAAGAGGAAGAGAAUGCAAUGAAUCGGAUAACCCGUAAAUUUGAACAGACGUGAAACUCUAGCCCUCUAUUUUGAAUGGCGCUGUGAAGUACAUCUUCUUUUCCUAGUAACGCAUAUAUAUGAUUGAAACAGUGGUCGCAGGGACUGGCUGGACUGGACUGUGGGAAUAAAGGAGCAGUGUGUCCGGGAAUUGCAGUGACAGAGUGCUAGUGAUGAUUUUUAACUCUCUUGAACGUGAAAGAGAAAAUUACGAUCGAAUGAAAAUGGAAAUAAAAAAUGUGGCUUCGCAGCGAAGCGUAAGUCCCCCUGG